ACAGCAGAAGAACAUCCGCUCCAUAUGUGCACGAGUCCACUAAACAUUUGAGUCUGUCAACACACGAAUGAUGAAUUUAUCUCAUCAGACUAAUGAUUCACAGAUGAUUCAAGAUGAUCAGACUGAAGUGACGUCUCAGAUGAAGAUCGGAUUCAUUGGUGCGGGGAAUAUGGCGUUUGGGAUAGCUCAGGGAAUCCUGACAUCAGGGAAGGUUUCCCCCACUAAUAUGAUUGUUAGUGCUCCGUCUAUGAAUAACCUUCCUCGCUUUCAGGAGAGAGGUGUUGCUAUAACUCAAGUGAAUGAAGAGGUCGUAGAGAAGUCUGUUGUGGUCUUCCUUGCCGUCAAACCUCACCUCGUUCGAAGGGUCCUGUAUGAAAUCUCGCGCUGCGUCACCCAGCAACACAUCAUCGUUUCCAUGGCAGCCGGAGUCACUAUAGCAACACUUGAGGAGCUGCUGCCCGCUGAAACCCGUGUGAUUCGCAUGAUGCCAAAUCUUCCCUGCGUGCUGAUGGAAGGAGCGCUGAUCCUCACCUCUGGCUCAUGUGCAGGAGAGAAGGAGGAGACUCUUUUGAAGAACCUCCUCAGCCCGUGUGGAUUGGUGGAGGCGGGGCCUGAGCACUGGAUCGACGCCCACACAGGCUUGAGUGGCAGCGGUGUUGCGUUUGUGUAUGUGUUUGCGGAAGCUAUGGCAGAAGGGGCUGUUAAAAUGGGAAUGCCGGGCGCUUUGGCUCAACGUAUUGCAGCACAAACCAUUCUGGGAGCUGGAUUGUUACUGCGUGAUACCGGCAAGUUGCCUGCGGAGCUGAAAGGUGAGGUGUGCACACCUGGAGGAACCACGAUACACGGCCUCCACGCGCUGGAGAGGAGCGGCAUGAGAGCGGCUGUCAUGGGAGCCGUAGAGGCGGCCACUGAAAGAGCAAGAGAACUCGGGAAAAAAUAGAUCAGGGAAUAUUAUCGAGCGAUUGGGAAUAUUGUAUAGAGAAAAGCUUUACGUAUAGCUACUUUCUUUACAAAUGAACUUCAUCUACGGUAAUGAUUGAUCUACUGAGGCUGUAAAAUGUUCCCUUGACAUCCAUCAUCAAAGCCUUCAAAUGUUUUCAAACACAAACAUGUGGAAUUGCUCAGGAGUGAGUGUGUUUUAUGAAAGCCAAGAAUACACAACGUCUUGAUGCAACAAUGUGAAUAUUGAUAUAAGAAAGACAUUUUGGCUGUUACCAACUUUGUACAGUUUUACAUGUUUAAUAUUCUGUUAUUUUAUUAGUAUGGUUCUUAAAGAACCAUUGAGAUUCUGAAACCAAAGGAGUUUAGAAUGGGACCAAAUGCAUUCUUCAUAAUAGCUGUUACUUAAAUAAUAAUAAAAAGGUUCAACACAAUUGGUAAACAGUCCAAAUAAAAAUGUUUAUAGCAA